AACCCUCCUCUGCACCGACAAGGCAACUUGCAUCAUCUGAACAUGAGAUCCCUCAGUGUGGUUGUCGUUUGUGUUGUGUUGCUGUGUGUGGGCAGUGGAGCUCUGGGUGUGCAGGUGAAGGUCGGAGACAGGAGCUUCCCCCUGGAGGCGGUGAAGCAGCUGAAGGAGCUGAUGGAUUUAAAUGAAGACCUCAACCCUCGCCUCGCCGAGACAAGUGUCACGGCCGCUUGUGAGAACCCUCUGCUGCCUCAGGUCUUUCAGCCAGUUUGCCAGGGGAUGGGCGCAGGCACUGUUUUCUCCAGACUAGUGUAUAUCAUCACGCCUUCGGAUCCCUGUGAGAUAUGUGCCAACCCCUCCUGCUUCGGGUGUCUGACCUGAGGCCGCCAUCGGCAAAACACGGCAACAUACUGGAUUUUUAAAAGUUUUGUUUAAAAUGCUUU